CUUUCGAGCCACCAGCUGGCCACAAGAGCCUCCUGCACGAGAUUUCAUUGACCAGAGGUUCCAUUGGUGUCUCCUGCUGUGUGAGUUCGGUGUUCAGUUGAAGCUGUUGCAGUGCUGUGAAGAGAUUUGUGCGAUGACCCAAGCAGAAUAUGCUUAGUGGAAGGCUGCAGUGAGGCCUUUUCGAGACAUAUUUCGCGUGUGGAACACUGGCCCAGCUUUCCAAGUGAAGUGGCAUCUUAUCAGAAUCGAUCGCGCGCCUCUGCAACAAAACUCGCUACACAACAGCACGACAACAAUUUGGUUGUUUGGUUUCUUUUCGGGAGAGAAAGUGCAAAAGGCAUAUUGAAUCAGUCAUGCGAUUAUCCUGGAUAAUUCUGUCAUGGAUUCCAAUAUCAUUGACAUUGGCUGCGGACAUCCUCAUGGUCACAAUGGGUGGAACAAAGUCACAUAAAGCCAUUUUCAUGGAGUUGUCCAAAGGGCUCAUUCCCAGAGGCCACAACGUCACAUUUCUCAAUGGAUUUCCGGCCGAUUCUCUCAUCCCCGGUCUGCAGGAGAUCACGCCAGCCGGACUCGUGGAGUACAUCCAGAACUACACCAACUGGGAUCUUCUGGGUGCCAGAAUGCGCGGCGACAUGCCGAUCGGAAUCUGGGACGUCAUAAGAUAUCCACACGAGUCCUGCGAGGCGAUGCUGAGCGAUGGCGAAACUAAGGAGCUCCUCAAUCGUCACUUUGAUCUCGUGAUCCUGGACGGAGCCUUUCCAGAGUGCGCCCUUGCCAUGGUGCACAAGUAUCGCGUGCCCUUCAUGUUCGUCAACACGGUGGGCUUCUACACGGGCAGUCUCGCGCUGGCCGGCAAUCCCGUGCCCUAUUCCGUCACCCCGGCCUUCUACGCUCCCCUGACGGACGACAUGACCUUCUGGCAGAGAGCCUUCAACGCUCUGCACUACCUCGUCGUCAGCGUCUUGCAUCAGCCGAUAAUGACUAUGGUGGGACGCGUGGCGAGAAGUCACGUCGGUUCUGACAUGCCUCAUCCCUACGACAUGGCCAAGAAUGUCAGCUUUAUCCUGCAGAACGGCCAUCCGAGUGUCUCCUAUCCACGACCUUUUCUGCCAAAUGUCGCUGAGAUCGCGUGCAUCCACUGUCGGCCGGCUGUUCCGCUGCCCAGAGACUUGGAGGACUUCAUCGCGGGUGCUGGCGAGUCUGGCUUCAUCUUCGUUUCCAUGGGCUCCUCCGUGAAGGCCGCCAAUAUGCCUGAACACCUGCGAUUGAUGUUGGUGCAGACCUUCGCCAGGCUUCCCUACCAUGUUCUCUGGAAGUGGGAGGGAGGCACUGCUGGGAUGCAAGAUCUGCCACCGAAUGUGAAGCUGGGCAGGUGGUUGCCUCAACAGGACAUCCUCGGUCAUCGGAAGCUGAGGGCUUUCGUGACCCACGGAGGACUGCUGAGCAUGUACGAAAGUGUGUACCAUGGAAUCCCGGUGGUCACAAUGCCCGUGUUUUGCGAUCAUGAUUCCAACUCUGCCAAGGCCGAGGCGGAUGGUUACGCAGUGAAACUUCCACUUGAGACUCUCACUGCGGACAAAUUGGUGAAGGCGAUAACGCAGGUGAUUCAUGAGCCCCGCUAUAGGAAUGCCGCAAAGAAGCGACAGCGUUUGCUGCGCGACCAAAGAAAUCCACCACUCGAGACGGCAAUUUACUGGAUUGAGUACGUUCUCAGGCACGAUGGAGCGCCCCACCUGAGGACUCCCGGGCGGAAUUUGUCCUGGAUCCAAUACUACAUGCUGGACAUGGUGAUUGUGUGUCUGGCUAUCCUGGCCAUCUUCAGGCACCUCCUCAAGCGCAUCUCCUGCUCCAUUCACGUGCAUCCGGCGAGUGAAGUGAGAAAGGAGAAGAUCCACUGA